UCCCCGCCCCGCCAUUUUGUUGGUAGUUUGUAUUUAGGAUCGAACAGGAGCGGAGCUUCUCUUUUGUGUGACGGGCGGUGGUGUUCAGGAACCGGCAGCGGGGGACAGGGGAAGAAAAAGAUACAAGGGGGGGAAAGAGACCAGCAAGGAAAAAGGCGAUAAGCCGCCCGCUUUAUAUAAAUCACUGGUAGUUAGUGUUAGUUCCGCACGAGUAGCUGACAAGAUGUCCACCGCCGAAGCUCCCGAAUACUCGCCCUUCUUCGCGGUGAUGGGCGCCUCGGCUGCCAUGGUUUUUAGCGCUCUAGGUGCUGCAUAUGGUACUGCUAAGAGUGGAACAGGCAUUGCUGCUAUGUCUGUCAUGAGGCCUGAGCUAAUCAUGAAAUCCAUCAUUCCUGUUGUGAUGGCGGGUAUCAUUGCUAUCUAUGGACUGGUGGUGGCAGUACUAAUUGCCAACUCGCUCACAGAAAAGAUAACAUUAUUCAAGAGCUUCCUUCAGCUGGGCGCUGGUUUGAGCGUGGGUCUGAGUGGUCUUGCUGCCGGCUUUGCUAUUGGCAUAGUAGGUGAUGCUGGUGUACGAGGAACUGCACAGCAGCCAAGGUUAUUUGUCGGGAUGAUCCUGAUCCUCAUUUUUGCCGAAGUGUUGGGUCUUUAUGGCCUAAUUGUUGCUCUGAUCCUUUCCACAAAAUAAAUCCUGCAAAUACAGCAGAUAGCCCUGUCAUUCUAAUGGUCUUAACUCCAGAAUGUGUACAGUUGUAUCACUUUGGUAGUCAAUCUCUUGUAAAUGCGCAAUGUAUGUUAGUGAUUGUCUGUCCUGUGUGUAUUUAGAUAUUGAAUUGUAUUGGUUUUAAGAGCCGAGUUCAGUGGCUCCUAAACAUGUGCAAUUUCCAAUCCAUAUUACUGUUGAGGAGCACUCUGAUUCAAUUAGGAUUGUAAUGUUUUCAUUUCUUUCACUUGAUUUUAUUUAUAAAAGAUUUAAAAUAUUCAUACAUUGUUAUUAUGGAGCAAGAUUUCUGGAGUCCCCAUGAUAUAGUAGAUUAUUGCACUGUCAGUAAUUGUAUUUGCUCAGAUCUCCCUGGAUGUAAUAAUUGGUUAAAGAUUGGAUCUGAUCAUAGUCCUACUUUUGUGUACUGGUAUUGGAGUGAGUUCUACUUGUGUUUUUAACAUCCUGAGGCACAUGUAAAUGUUUCCAGUAGUGAGAUGUAUGCCUACUCAUAAAAGAUGUGCACCCAGUGUUGGGUUCACAUUUCUGAUGUUUCCAAAUAAAAAUUUCCUCAACUAA